AUGCCUUUUGUUCAGAGUUACUUGUGUUCUUUCACAAAUCCUUGCUAUGAGACUCCAACAACAGGUGACGAUACCGCCAAAAUUAAUAGUGAUGGGCGCAAACAGUCACUCAUUGUUACAAUUGCCAGAGGUAUAGCAGAAAUGUAUGUUGCGAUAGGUUCAGAACCGAUCAAAUGGGCUAACUUAUCGAAUUCGAUCAUUUCGUUGGUUGACAUAUUCGCCCAUUUCACGCCACAUGCCUUUCAAAAACCCAUUCCCUUGGUUUCAUUUUUCAAUUCCACUAAAGAAGCUGUCGGAUUCUUCAAAUCAACUUUAAAUAUCAACGACGAAUUGUCUGUCAACUUAAGUCAUGCCCGAAUUACACCACUUUACGCUCUGGAAAUUAUCGGGAAGUGGCUGAAAUUUACAUUAGCAAACAAUAUCAACAUGGAAUACGAGGAACUACUGGAAAUAUUCAACACAUUGCGUAGUUUUCAAAAUGAUCAAGUGAUCAGGAAGUUCAUUUCAUUCCUAUCAAUCGUUGAUUUCAGUAAUUACACUUCAGUAAUUAAUGCGAUACACUGUGGGAAUAACCCUUACGACCAAAGUUCGCAUGAGGGAAAGUCCAUUCCUGAUGCAACAACAACAGCCGCGUACAAUGUUGACAGAGAUAAAAUAUAUGAUUUUUUGCGUCGCUUAACACCUCGACAUAGUGGACAACAUAAGAAAAAACAAUUUUGUGGUCUUAUUCCGAUACAUUCAGAGAGAAACUGUUCAUUCCUGGAAGGUGCAGCUUUGUCACAAUUAAUGCCGUUGAUUAAUGGCUAUAUCCUGUUGGCGCCCGCUUCUCCUACUGUUGACGCAUUUGCCGAAAAGGUGAUGUUGUGGUGGAUUUGCAACACUUCAGAAUGCAUUAUUAUUCAUCAUUCUACCACAGUUCCCUUAACAUCGCUAUCAAGAUGUUAG